GUGAUUAGACCCAAUAGAAAUUAGAUCUCGUAAGAUUUAUGUUCUGUGCCACUCUCUCCAUCAUACUUUUAUUGAAUUUAUCUCAUUUUAUUUAAAUAAAUAAAAAUAAAUAGGAAGGCAACAUGUUUUUCACAUUGUCCUGGAGUGUAGAUAACCGAGAAGUGCUAAUUUAGGCAAAGGCUCAUUAUGUUUCCUAAUUACAAAUGACCAAAAUGAUUUAGAGGAAUGGAUCAUAAGAAAUUAAUUUCUGUAGUGGCCCAAUGUACACCAUUAUGGGACAGAAGCCACGAUAAAUUUCGAGAUCAAGGUUUUAAGGCGACAUUGUGGAAUAAAAUUGGUGUAGAAUUGAAGUCAACAGGGCCUGCUUGUCGUGAGGCUUUCAAAGCACUUAGAGAGAAAUAUAUACGGGAAAGGGAAAAGCUACAACAUUACGGAAGCAACUACCGUACGUGGGAAUUAUUGGAAUGCUUACAAUUUUUAGAUCCUUACAUAAUAACGAGAAAGUCAUCCAAUGUCGCUUGGAUUCAACAACAGCAAACAGAUCCAUUCGCAUCGCCUAUCAAGCAAGAUCCAACAUUGGAACACAGUGAUCACGAGGAACGAACGUUAGAUGACUCCGACAAUGGAAAUUCCAGCACAAUGGAGGCUACGGCUUUUGAUUUCUGCAGAUCGCUUAUUAAACUUGUCAGAGAAUCGCAUGCAUUGUGGGAUCGACACUGUCGAGACUACCAUGACAAGCAACUGAAAGAACGUCUUUGGACUUCAAUUGCGCAAAUGCUAAAGACAGAUGUUAACACAUGUACGUUACGUUGGAAGGGUUUGCGAGAAAAGUACAUCAGACAAAAACAGAAAUACUCGGAAGGAAUAGCAGGAAAAUGGGAAUUUCUGGACGAUCUCGCGUUCUUAGACAGUGUAAUACAAUACCGCAAGAAGCAUUGGCAAGUAGAGGAGUCUAGUCAAAUGUUCGCGACCAGUGACAAUAGUUGCAAUUUAUCACAAGCUAACUCAGACUAUGAUGGCUUAGACGAGCAUACAAACGACAGUACACCAAAUCACCCCACAAGUUCAACAAACACAUAUCAACAGCCGCUUCCAAAUAACAGUUCCUUCGUUAACGUUACCAUAAAAUCACACACCCCGGACAGUACUCUACAUACGUCUGAAACAAGAAAACGGACAGCAAGUAGUGAUGUUGAGGAGCCAACGUAUUUUAAACCGACGAGAGAAAAAACAGAUAAUCAAGAAAGAACGCCAGAGCAAAUAUUUGGAGAGUUGGUCGCCGCAAUGCUUGCGACGAAGUCUGAUGGUGAAAAAAAUUUAGCAAUGAUUGAAAUCAUGUCUAUCUUAGCGAAAUCACCGAUGUAAGUCAAAUUGAAGGUGUGUGUCACUGGUCCUAAUAGAAUGUGCAUUUAAUUUAUUAUUAUAUAAUAUGUGCUAAUAAUAGUUAUAUAGAUAUUGUCUAAUUGUGUAGACUUUUCUAAAUUACACAUCACAUGUUCAAGUCCAAAAAUGGAAAUGUGUCAAUGUAAGAUUUUAGUUCAACAAUUAGUAAUUAAGUGGAGCGUCUGUAAAUAAAAGUAAUAUAAACAUUAUCAUCGAAUAACGAA